UUCUCCCCAUUCACAUAUCCCACAAUUCCAAGCGCGACCGGCAACAUCCGGUUUCUUUGUUCCUUUGAAAAUGGCGUUCGUUAUACGCAAGCAGAAGGCAAUGUAUCAAGGAUCGCGAUGUUGUGUCCCAAAAUGCAGUAACAGACAAGGCACAGACAAGCUGCAAGGUGUCCGCAGAUCGUACUACAGGUUUCCUCAAGGGGAAGCAAACCGAGACUUACGGAGAUUGUGGGAAACCAGCGUAAGGCGUGAUAACUGGACAGCCAGCAAGCAUGACCGGGUUUGCUCUGAUCACUUUGCAGGAGGAAUACGCACCCACAUCAAAGGGUCCCCAGGAUACAUCCCGAGUAUCUUUGCGUGGACAAAGGCAAGCAAGUCAAGACCAUCGAGAACCUCUGAACAAGCAGGAACUGUCACGCCAGUCAGUUGGUGCAAGGACUCCUGGUCCCCUGCUCCCGAGACUCCAGGGGGACUCACUGAGCGAAAGAUUGCUCUAGCAAAGCAGAGGGAGGAAAAACAGGCUGCACAAGCAAAGGAAAAUACCACCCGGGUCUGGAAAGAACAUGGACAUGACUACCCAGAGACAUGCAGAGCAAAGCCCUCUGUGUAUGACGAAGAACUAGCGGCAUUACACGAAACUGUCCAGCGGUUAGAGGAAGAGAAUAGUCAGUUGAAGAAUAAAGUCUUCAGUUUGGACACCAUAAAAGAUUCUGACAAAGACUUCCAAGUUCGUACAAACUUGCCAAAUUUUGACGUUUUCUCUUCCAUCUGUGAGUAUCUGAAAACUGUCAGCAACGGUAGGCUCAAGUAUUGGCGUGGACAGGAAACAGACAUUGACAGUGAACGUUCCAGGACUGGGAGGGAAAGGACAUUGACUUUCGAGGAAGAGUUCUUCCUAGUGCUGGUGAAGCUGAAGUCUGGUGACUUCAACCAGGAAAUCGCCAGCAAGUUUGGAAUCAGUGAAAGCCAGGUGUCAAAGAUCUUCACCACAUGGAUCAACUUCCUACACAGGGAACUGCGGUACCUCUUUGAAAUGAAGACAAGCUGGGAAAAUGAAGAAACAAUUCCUGAGUGCUACAGACGUUACCCACACCUCAUCUCUGUCAUCGAUUGCACUGAACUCCAGAUCGAGAUGGCUACAACACUACAGGCAAGAAAGGAGACGUACUCCAACUACAAGAACAGGGACACUGUCAAGUUCAUGGUUGGCCUAUCACCUAACCUUACGGUCAACUACGUUUCAAAAGGACACGGAGGUCGUGCCAGCGACAAGCACAUCACCCUCACCAGUGAAGAGUUCAUCAACCAGCUGCCACCCAAUUCAGUGAUCAUGGCAGACAAGGGCUUCAACAUUUCAAAGGAACUGAGUGACAAAGGCGUACGGCUUGUGAUACCAGACUUUAAGGGUCGGAAUCGGUCACAGAUGUCAGCCCAAGAAGCUGCCAACUCUGAAUCCAUUUCAAGUGCAAGGAUUCACAUUGAAAGAAUCAUCCAAAGGAUACGCACUUUCCACAUUCUGGGCUCCACUCUCAAGAUAUCCCAGCAGGACAUCACAGAGCAGAUAUUCAGUGUCUGUGCGUACAUGACCAACUUUCAGAUGCCAAUUAUCAAUCUUCGUCAGGGUCAGAGUAGUAGUACAUCAGGUUCAAACAUGACAGAAGAAAGCAUCUUUGAUUUCAUUUAGAAUUAGAAAUUGAUGGUUAACUCUCGUUAUGGACUGUGCUUACUG